AUGGAAAGUCAAUUAGAAGAAGAAAUAAAAGACGAAUGCAGUUUCAAAUUUCAUGAUUUUGUGGCAAAAAUUGGAGACUCGUCAAUUGCUUAUCAUACAAUAAAAAUGAAAGAUUGUCUUUAUGUAUGGAUUGGUGAUUUUCAAGAAAAUGCCAUGAAUGAUUUAGCCUUUGCAAUUAAAUCAACAUAUGAAAAGGAACCACUUGCAACGAAGAUCAUGGGAUCAAUUACUAAUGAAGUUUCAAACAGUCUUGCAAAGAGACUUUCAAAAAGACUUUCAGUAGCUGUUUAUGUCAGUUUUAAUGUCCAGGUUGAUAAUCUCUCUCUACCUGCUAUUGAGAGAAGACUACGAGAUGAAAUUAAUGCACACCCUGAGGUUUUCUAACUUAA